UCAUUCCACUGGUGGCUGACACAAAGGGUUCACUGUGCUCUCUGCCUGUUGCUGUGGGAAGGAAAGUACUUUGCUCCACUUUGAACUGCCCAGUCAGAAAAGCCCACAGGUCAAUCUGAAUCUGAAUCUGAACCUGAACCUAAGCCCUUUGCUACAGUACACAGCAUGUUAACUGUUUUCAGAAGAGCAGCCUUUGAUUCUUCCAUCUCCCACCCAGGAGACAAGUAACAUUCAAUGCUGUUUCUCUCUUCCUUUUUUUAAAAAUUUUGCAUAUGCAAAUACACAGAAAAGGACCAGGGACUGAACAAUCGUAUGAAUUUUUGGUGUGAGCUGACUGGAAAAGUUUUCACCAGUGUCUCCUAGUAAAGCUGUUGGUGUUUGGCUGACAACAGCAAUCAAGGCUAACGUAACUUAAUGUUGGGAUAGAGUUGGAGUUGUUGAUGAGAAACAAUGGCUUUGAAGAAAGGUCUUCAGAUGUGGUUUGGUGAUUCACCCCCGUGCUCGAGAAGCCCUUUGAUUCCCAGGCAUGGUCCGGGACUCGCAGACGUGACACAGUACGAUCAGUGGCUGGCUGUGCGGCAUGAGGCCAGCUUAGUGCCAAUGCAGGAAGACCUGUCAAUCUGGUUGAGUGGAAUGCUUGGAAAGGAGGUCCGAGCAGAGAACUUCAUGACUGAGUUGGAUAAUGGAGUUGUGCUCUGUAAGCUGAUCACUAUUCUUCAACAGAAAGUAAAGGAAUGUGGGAAUCCAGAGUAUCAACAGCACUUUACAAUGAGGAAAAUUCCAUGCAAGACUGAUGCUCUGUCUGGUUCGUUUUUUGCCCGUGACAAUACUGCAAAUUUCCUUUCAUGGUGUAGAGCAGUUGGUGUUGAUGAGACUUACUUGUUUGAGUCUGAGGGCUUAGUUCUGCACAAACAACCCCGGCAGGUGUGUCUGUGUCUACUUGAAAUUGGGCGAAUUGUGUCUCGGUAUGGUGUGGAGCCUCCUGUGUUAGUAAAACUGGAAAAGGAAAUUGAACUUGAGGAAACUCUGUUGACCACCUCUGAACAGCUGAUUCCUGUUGAAAGUACAAAGCCAUGUUGUCACAACAAAGAGCUUCAUCAAGCCGUGAAGACAAUUGCUGAUGAUCCUCCAUGCAAAUGUUCACAUCGUUUCUCCAUUGAGUUCUUAUCUGAAGGGCGUUAUCGGCUGGGAGGGAAGAUUCUUUUUAUCAGAAUGUUACAUGGUAAACAUGUCAUGGUGCGUGUGGGAGGAGGUUGGGACACUCUGCAGGGCUUUCUUCUGAAGCAUGACCCCUGCCGGGUGCUGCAAUUCACCAUGUUGGAGGAGAAGAUCAUGGCUUUUGAGAAGGGCAUCUCUCAGGAUUCCACCCACAUGUCUAACUUGCUGGCGAAAUCUCCCAAACCACCUCCAACCAUGACCCUUCCAUUAAGUAUCAAGAUGUCACAAUCCCUAGCUACAUGCCCUGGAUCUCCCUGCAUGCCAUCUUGGCCCAUGGCCAAAGCUGCCACUGCCCAUUGCAGGUGCCCCUCACCAGUGCCGCUGUCUAAUUCGGGGUCCCGCCCACCAUCUGCUGAAAGUGGGCAUUCAUCCCACGUGGCACCAAGCUCAUCUUCCAGAGGCACCAAGUGCCCUGCAGUGAGAUCGCAGUUGCCCCCUCGGCCGCAGCAAUCCCCAGCUAGUCAACCCAAAGGCAUGACCCAACGUGGGAGCAAGGAGGCACAGCUGUCUUCCAAACUUCGCCAAACCCCUUCAAAGGCUCCCAGUGGCCUCCUUCAAAGACCUCCAGGUAAAUGCCAGCCAAAUCCUGACACCAGCCCCAAGUUGACCCCUGAGGUUCCUGGCAAGCCUGUUCUGUUUCCCUCCACCCCAGUGGUGCCUGGCUCUCUGCACACCCUGGGGAAACGCACCCAGCCCACCAACCUUGCAUCGCCGUCUGCCUCCAGGAGGCCGCUCACACCAGCAAGAGGCCCUGUUCCGAGCUCCACGCCGAUUCCCCGCACACUGGACUUUGCACCAAGGAAUGCAGUCAGUGCGACCAGGGACUGUCCUCGCAUUGAAAAGAAUCAGAAGGCAUCAGUGAAGACCCCUUCGUCAAACAGUAAGAAGUCACCUCCCAAUCCUGCCCCUGCCCAACGGACUCCGUUAGCUGUCGUCAAACUACCGCAGUCUAAAGUGAUGAGCUCGCAGUCUCCUCGCGUACAGUCUCCUGCAGCCAAACCCACUCUGAAGAUGAAGGGCGAAUCCCGUCUGGGGAAACAGCCUCAGGGCAACAAAAAAAACCCAUUGGUGGCCUCACCAGCUCCUUUAAGGAACCUGGCUGCGAAAUGCUGAAGUGACGGGGUUGACUUUACCAGGAGCAGAAGUGACGCACAUAAGCAAUAAUAACUUUUAAAAAAAAAAGGUUUCUCGGUAGGGUUGGUGCUGCUUUUGUAAAUAUGAGUUCUGUUUGUGUUGAAGUGAAUGUCAAACAGUUAUUGAGAUCUGCUGUAGUCACAAUAUUGUCCAGUCAGUGGAGCACGAACCUUUGUUUCUGUUGUCGAGGAUUUCCUCCCAGGUUUCCACUGCCCUGUUGACUGACUGACUUCCAUUUUAUUUUUGAUUAUGUAAUUUGCUCAUUCAGUUUUGUAUUUACAAUGAAAACCAGCUGCAGUUUUCUGUUCAGCCUACGUUGCUCCAGUUUUCCGUGGCAACUCUGCAACUUGAGAAUUUCAGCACAAAUGGACUCCAAAUUUGCCCCAAUUGCAGUGUCCAAUAUGACACUUGGAGAGGUGGGAGACACUGACUGAAUAUAAUCAAGUGAUGUUGUGUAAAUUUUCCAAAUUGCGUUGUUCUGAUCCUCAUUGGCAGGCUGUGAGACGAGCUCAGCAGAGUCCUUGCCUCACCACUCACCCUCACAAUUUUGAGUCAGACAUCUCGUUUUUAUUUGUCCUGGUUUAUCUUGAGGUCACAGCUGAAAUUCUAUUGCGGAGAAAGAUUGGCUCUUCAUCUGUAGCAAUCCAUUUUCCAACUCCUGCCCCCCCCCCCCCCCCCCCCCCCCCCCCCCCCCCCACCGACGUGUUUUCACACUUGUCCAAGUUCUUAUCUAAUUCCCCAUCAAAUGGCAUUUUAGGCUUGUGUCCCAUUGCUAUCUAUGGCAAGAUAAUCCUGAAUCAAGCUGGAUUUGACUGUUGAACAGUGAUUCACAUCAAUUCCCAUUGCAUGUAGGUUCACUGUACUUCAUUAAUUAGGCUCAAUCCACCCACAAAAUUGUGCGAUAAUAUGCAUUUAAGUAAAUCCCAGCAUUGUACACAAUUGGUCUUCAUCGAGUACUCACCCACAGAUAUUGGGAUUGAGGUCAGGAUGCCUUUGAAGACUCCUCAACCUGGGAGGUUGGAAUGUGAGGUUGAAGGCUCACCUGAACAAGAUGGCAGAGGCUAAUGGAAUAGAGGGCUGUCAGGAACCAAUGGCUAAUAAAAGAAAAAGUAGAUCAGUUGCUGAAUGAGUACAAUUCAUGAAUGUAAGUUUAUGCAUCUUGUCCACUGUUUCUCUGCUGAAGGUUAUUUUUAUGUUAUGGCCAUGGCUAGUUUUUCUGGUCACGCUUUCUGUAAUUGUUGGAUGGACUUCUGAAUGUAGUUAUGAUAUUUUGACCAAUCCAAACUAUUGAGUUGUCUCUUGAAAUAGCUCCACUUCCUCAUCAUUGAGGUUCUACCAAUAUGUGUUUAAAUCAAUUUUAUCUUUUUUCGUUGACCUGAUGGGUGCUUAAAAUAUCACUUUGGUAGGGGGAGAAAACACUGACUUUUUAAAAAUGUUUAAGAAUUGCUUAUACAAAACACUUCAUGAAGCUUUUCAUCUUACAGUUAUCAGGGCAGUUCACCAUAAAUACAAAAGAAAAUUAAAGGGAAACCAGCAUUUGUGCUGGUCUGAGGGUCAGGGGUGAUGGUUGGUUGUGGAACUGUCCUGUUCCAAUUCAACAAAAUACACACCAGUCAUUUGCCAAUCCAUUUUUUUAGGGGCAGUAUUUUGAACUAAUUAAAAUCAUCUGCUUUGGUUAAAUUCCAAGUGAAAAGAGUUUGGCAGUUAACUGCCAAUCAUUAUUAACUGGUGUAUUUGUCAUGGCAGCACCCCUACUUCAGUCCAUUUGUCAACCAUUCAGCACAUUCUCCUCUUCUAUCAUAUAAAUGUUUCUUUAUUUUGGUAUUUCUUAAAUUGCAGUGAUGAGUGCAAAAUGAAAAGCUUCAUAAAUGUCUCUUUUAGCAUUACAUAAAUACUGUAUUACCAAACAACUAGCUAUAUUUAAGUUGCAUUACGGAUGGAUAAGCUCCAAUAUUUUUAGUGAGCUUGAGCACGUUAGAACCUCCAAUACGGAACCAAGAUGAGGGUUUGCAUUCCUACUUGGUUUACAGCAGAAAUCAAAUUGCAGAUGUAAGAUUGUCAACUUGAUGCAAUGUGCGUUCAAAGUUUCAGUUCAGUGAGCAUUAGCCAAUCAUUCUGACAAUCCUGCUGAAUACUGUAUUUAAAAUUCUCAUGGUUGAAGUAACAGUUCUGUUGUAGAUUUUUAUCAUUGCUGUGUUCUGGUGAACUUAGUGAGACUAAGGCUGAAUUCUCUGUUUUGCAUGUAUGACACUAAAACAGCACUUGUAUCUUGUGUGCUUAAUUAGGUGAAAUGCCUGUUACUAGCAGGCUGACCAGUAUGUUUUACUGAUCUUAG